GGAGGACGACGAGACCCGGCAGCCACGUCCAUGAUGCUAUCCUGAGGCUCCACGGGUUCUGAGGAGCCAGGUAGUGCGGGUGUCGGGGUCCUGCCCUGGUCUGCCCCUGACCUUGGCCUGGGUGUUUUGCCUCGCUCAGCUGCCGUCUUGCAGCGUGGAUGGCUUGGCAGGUGAGCGUACCCCGGCUGGAGGACCGGCUGCAGUGCCCCAUCUGCCUCGAGGUCUUCCGGGAGCCCCUCAUGCUGCAGUGCGGCCACUCGUACUGCAAGGACUGCCUGUUGUCCCUGUCACGGCACCUGGACGCCGAGCCGCGCUGUCCCGUGUGCCGCCAGGCGGUGGACUGCAGCAGCUCACCGCCCAACGUCUCCCUGGCCCGGGUCAUCGAGGCCCUGCAGCAGCAGCCUGGGGAGCCAGAACCCAGCGUCUGCGCACACCACCACAACCCGCUCAGCCUCUUCUGCGAGAAGGACCAGGAGCUCAUCUGCGGCCUCUGUGGCCUGCUGGGCUCCCACCAACAGCACCGGGUCACGCCGGUCUCCACCGUCUACAGCCGCAUGAAGGAGGAACUCGCAGCCCUGGUCUCAGAUCUGAAGCAGGAACAGAAGAAGAUGGAGGAGCAUGUCGCCAAGCUGGUCAACAACCGCACCCGCAUCGUGAACGAGUCAGAUGUCUUCAGCUGGGUGAUCCGCCGCGAGUUCCAGGAGCUGCACCACCUGGUGGAUGAGGAGAAGGCUCGCUGCCUGGGGGGCGUGGAGGCGCACACCCGUGGCCUGCUGGCCUCUCUGGACAUGCAGCUGGAGCAGGCACAAGGCACACAGGAACGGCUCGUGCAGGCCGAGCGCCUGCUGGAGCAAUUAAGCAAUCAGAACCAUCAUGAGUUCAUCCAGAACUACCACUCCGUGGCCUCCAGGACAGAGCUGCAGCAGACCCGGCCCAUAGACAGUGCCUUCAGCCCCAUCUCCUUCAAGCCCGGCCUCCACCAGGCCGACAUCAAACUGACUGUCUGGAAAAGGCUCUUCCGGAAAGUUCUGCCAGCACCUGAGUCACUCAAGCUGGACCCGGCUACAGCACACCCACUGCUGGAACUCUCCAAGGGCAACACGGUAGUGCAGUGCAGCCUCCUGGCCCAGCGGCGCACCAGCCAGCCUGAUGGCUUCGACUGCAGCCCCUGCGUGCUGGCCAGCCGGGGCUUCUCCUGCGGCCGCCACUACUGGGAGGUGGUGGUGGGUAGCAAGAGCGACUGGCGCUUGGGCGUCAUCAAGGGCACGGCCAGCCGUAAGGGCAAGCUGGGCAAGUCGCCGGAGCAUGGCGUGUGGCUGAUUGGCUUGAAGGAGGGCAGGCUGUAUGAGGCAUUUGCCUGCCCACGGGUGCCGCUGCCGGUGACGGGCCACCCGCACCGCAUCGGGCUCUACCUCCACUACGAGCAAGGGGAGCUCACCUUCUUUGACGCCGACCGCCCUGACGACCUGCGGCCACUCUACACGUUCCAGGCCGACUUUCAGGGCAAGCUCUACCCCAUCCUGGACACGUGCUGGCAUGAGCGGAGCAGCAACUCGCUGCCCAUGGUUCUGCCGCCGCCCCCCGGGCCCGGCCACCUGGCCCUCCCACAGCCCACCAAGCUGUAGAGCCUUUCCCCCCCACUCCACCUCCAGGCCCGGUACAGCCCGGCCUGGCCCAGCCUGGCCACCCCUCAACAGGGCCCCAAAGCAAUGCCUUCCUUGUCUGGAGAGGUCUCAGCUCUGUGUCUCUAGAACAGCAGGGACAAGGACCAUGAUCUCAUCCCUGUCAGCCAGUGGCAUUUCUGUUAGCCCCUGCCAGGGUCAGCAGUGCCAGGCCUGGGCAUCUGCAUUCCCUCGGGCACCCUUGGCUUUGUCCAGCCACACCUCCCCAUCUGAUCCCUCUUCCCAGCGAGGGCAGAAAUGUCCCCAAACACAUCUAUACUUCUCAUCUCUUCCAAGGGUAGUCAGUCAAAGACAUUUCCCUAAGGG